CUCUUGCCCAUUGAUCACAACUUUAAUUAAGGUUUUGUAGUUCGUAUUAGUGAUUACAUGUUGCAGCUUACUGAGUCAUAUAUUAAUAUUGAAAAGUAUACUUAAAGAAGAAGAAGUGUCAUUUGAAACUUAAGACACUUAUUGGGGCUUUAAUUUGCAGCUAAUACACGCAUUAAAAAAAGUCAUCAUGAACCUAAGUGGUAAAGUAGCCUUGAUCACUGGGGCAGCACAGGGUCUUGGCAAAGCUUUCUCUGAGACACUUCUCUCUAAAGGAGCUAAGGUUUGUUUAGCCGAUAUCAAAGUCCAAGAAGGGCAGAUAACUACUGACGCACUAAGGAAAAAAUUCGGGAAAGACAGCGCAUUUUUCAUAAAAUGUGACGUUACGUCUGAAAAGGAAUUUGCAAAUGUGUUUCAAGCGAUAAAGAGUAGAUAUGGCCGAUUGGAUAUUUUAGUAAAUAAUGCAGGUAUCGUUGACGAAAAGAACUGGAGAAAGUUGAUUGAAAUUAAUUUGUUAAGCGUGAUGCAAGGGACACAACUGGGUAUAGAAACAAUGAGUAAAGACCAUGGUGGAAAUGGGGGUGUUAUCAUCAAUGUAUCAUCAGCAGCUGGUCUACAGCCAAUGUUUAUUACCCCAGCUUACUGUGCUUCUAAAUUUGGUGUUGUUGGAUAUACCAGAAGUCUAGCGGGUAUCGAGUGUUGCUGAAGGGUUCAUGGAACUGGUGACGGAUGAAAAUAGCAAUGGUGCCGUUAUGACAGUUACAGCCCGAGACGGCAUUCAAUACAAAUAUCUUCCAAAAAGUAAACUUUAGAUUAACUAUUGAAAUUGUAAUUUAUUAUAAAAUUGUAAUUGUUAUGAAAUUGUAAUUGUUAUGAAAUUGUAAUUGUUAUCAAAUUGUAAUUGUUAUCAGAUUGUAAUUAUUAUCAAAUUGUAAUUAUUAUAACAAACUGUAAUUAUUAUAACAAACUGUAACUAUUAUCAAAUUGUAAUAUAUUUUUUUAUUUUCAAACUGUGAUUAAAAUUUGCCAUACGCCAAGAGCUAGCUAACAUUCCAGUAUGUUCCUACCUCUCUGUCAAAUGGUCGGUAGCGAAUUCGGAACGUUUUGAAUUGACAGAAAUGUAAUCAAUCGACACGGAAUUCAGUUCUGUCAUUCACUAGAAUGUAGUGUGAUCAGAAUGUGACGUAAUGAAACACGCAGAGCAUGUUUAAGCCGUUUCGAUUGGCGGAGAUUGACUUGGCGCAUGCGUUGUCGCCAGAAUUUUCUUGUUUAUUCGCGUCUCAAAAUGAGAAAAUUCAAUUCGAAAACGUCUGUCGAUCAUUUCUAAAUCUCUGGAAGAACAAUAAAAGUGUAUUGUCGGAUAAACAGUGUCGUCGGAUAAACAGUGUCGAUGGAUAUAAAUUAAUAAAUACAAAUUAUUUUGUAAAUAAUAAAUAUUCAGCUAAUA